CGUCCGUGUCUCUGUUAAACUCAGUACCGGCCCGACAGCCAAAGCCAGCACAAGGCAGAGGCGGUGUAACGAGAUUUGCUGUUUUUGUGUUCCAUACGAGAAGUGUACAAAAAAUAAAAAUAAAAGUAUUAUUUGAAUAUAUAUGUAUAUGUAUAUGCAUAAAAAGCGACCAAGAGCGCAACGAAAGGAAACGAAAUUAGGAAGACACAUUGGCUGGCGAGAGAGUUGCGUGUGUUAGUAUUGUUGUUGUUAGUGCGCCGCCGCCUACUUCUUUUGUAAUAAAGGCGUGCACAAAGCAAACAACAACAACAACAGCAACAACAACAACAACACCAAUAACAACAACGGUGUCCAUGUCCCGUGUCCGUGUAUAGUGCGUGCGUGUGCGUGUGUGCCUGUGUGUGUGUGUGUGGGAUUACAGCAACAAAUGCAACAGCUCCUUUGUAUACGGAAAGCGUGUUCAUUAAUUGUGUCGUUGCAUUUACAAAAGCAAACAAAAGCAACAACGAAAACAAACAAGCUUACAAGAACAUUAGCUAAUGUAUGUUUAAUAGUGUUGGUGUCGUGUGUCUUAGUUUCGAAAUUUAAAUUUAAUUUAUUACAAAAAAACGCCUGGCCCCUCCCCCCGCAACCAUUUACGCCCACCUCUUUGUAUGCGUCAUAUGUGAAGAAAAAAGGGCAAAGCCGUAGCGAAGCAGUUGCCACAACAAAAACAAAAACAAAAACAAAAACAUAACAAAAAAAAAAAAGAAACGAAUUGACGCUGCUUCCGCUGUCAUUGCGCAUGUGUGGUGUUAACCCUCGCAAGCAACACCAACAACACCUACAACAACUACAACUACCACUACAACAAUAGCCAUAAGCAGCAUUUAAAUAAGAGCGGAAAAGUUGAAGCCACAACUGUAAAAGAAAUUGUUAUUGCAAGCACAAGAAAGAGAAGAAGAAUUAAUAAAGCUUCAGAGCUUCACAAAUGUCAGCAGCAACGGAAGCUGCGAAAACUAAAGCAGCAUUCAAAGCUUCUUCUCUCAAUAAGAGUGAAGAGUGAAUAAAAGUGCAAGUGUUGUUUGCCGUGUCUGUGUGUGAGUGUGUAUGUGUGUGCAACUUAAACAUGUACAAACAUCUAUACAAAUACACAGAUAUAAUUAUUACAAAACUACAUACAGUGGUAUUGAGAGCAAUAACUGCACAACCUGGCAAAAGUAUUUUGUUUGCAUACACGAGAAAAAAGAAGGAAAUGUGUUACCCAUAUGGAUUCUUGUUUGCCCUGCCUCUGGUGGCCCUCGUCUGUUUGUCGUCAGCAGCUGCAGCAGCAACACCAACAACACCAACAACACCAACAGCAGCCAAUAAGCAUCAGCUGCUGAUGCAUCAUAGCCACAGUAGCCACCACAACCAUCAUCAUAAUAACCAUGAACAGACGGGGAAACUGCAACAACAACAACAACAACAACAGCAGCAGCAGGCGGAGGAGGAGGAGGAGGAGGUGGGGGCGUCCGUCUCUGAGGAUGUUGUGUACAAUUACCUCAUGCAGUUUGAUUAUCUGCCCAAGUCAGAUCUGGAAACUGGCGCUCUUCGUACCGAGGAGCAACUGAUAGAUGCAAUACGUAAUCUUCAGGCAUUUGGCAACAUUCCAGUUACGGGGAAAAUCAACCAGGCUACGGCCAAGCUAAUACAAAAGCCCCGCUGCGGUGUGGGCGACAAUAAGUAUGCGUAUAAUUUCUCACCGGAUAAUCUGGAUCACGACAAUCCACAUGGCUCACGUGUGCGUCGCUAUGUUCUACAUGGAGGUGGCCAAUUAGAAAUGAAGCAGUGA